CCGUGGCACUGGAGUGCUUCGUGUGCAACUCGCACGAGGACCAGGCCUGCUCCGACGAGUUCCAGGUCAACUCCACGGCCCUCCAGAACGCCUUCAUCAAGACCUGCGAGGAGAAGGACAACCAGACGCCCUUCUGCCGCAAGAUGAGGAUGGACAUUGAAGUUGUCUACCAAGAGAACGAGAUCCGCAUCCUCCGUGACUGUGGCUACGAGAGGAAAGAGGACCGUGAAUGCUACCAGAAGCGUUCCGACGACUACAUCGUUGACGUCUGCCAGUGCGACGAGGACUUAUGCAACGGCACCCCCUCCCUCUCCCUCGCCCCGCUCCUGGCUCUCGCCCUCCCCUUCCUUGCUCGCUUCCUGUAAAUCCCGUGUGUGGUGAAUAGUUUCAUUUGGAUCGAGGAUAUAAAAGCGAAAUAUGUGCUCUCAUACUCUCUCCUCUCCUCCCCCCCUCCCCCCAAGAUGCAGUGUUUUCUCUUUGCGUCUUAAUUCACACUUCCAUCUUAGAGUAUUUGUCCCUGUUACCUACCUUGUAGGGAUUUUUAAAGAAAUGUAUAUAUGAUAUUUUUAUUUCCGCCAUAAUUGAAUGUUUGAUUGAUUCUGUAGCAAAUGAAUACAGAGAUACUUUUACCUAACAAAGUAUUUGUCCUAAGGUCUUCCUUUGUCUGGUAUAUGACGAAAUAAAUUGACAAAAUGUGAAUUGUAUACAUCAGGAUCUUUUAAGUUGAUUUGACUUGUAGUGUCAUUCGAUUAAAUUUGUUUUUUAAAAAAAUAUAACAAUUUAAUAAUCAUCAUUUUCCCCCACCAUUUUUUUAAGUAGCAUUUCUGUACAAAAAUAAAUUGUGUGUAAAGAAUGUUAAUUGCAUUAAUAUGAGAACGAGGUUGUAUAACAAAAAGGUAGAUUGUUUAGAACUGUAAUCUAGAGAACCACAAAUAUAUGAAAAGACAUAGAUCUUAAAAAGUGCUCUUAUAAUGUUGUUAAAAACAGAUGUUAAAGCUGACUUGUACAUGAUAUUCUAAGCGAAUCAGAUCACUGUUGAAAUGUACAUUAAAAUAAAAAGACAAUCAGCUAUUUUGCACAUGCUUAGGUUGUAAAUGGUGGUUAAUAGAGACCUUAAAUCAA